ACUUCUUAUUUCAUAUAAAAAAGACUAUAAAAACCUUACAUUUUCAUGUUCACACUUAGAUUUUGAAAUAAUGAAUUGUCUCGUAGCUUUUUUGUUAAUUAUUACUUUGUCUUUCGGAUUCAAUGAAGCUUGCGAAGAUAACACAAUAAUAUUUCGAAAUGCACUCCGCCCUGGUACAAAUCUCAAAGUCAGUUGCGAAUCCAACAAAAAACAUCGAAGAGAAGGGGCAGUGAAAUUCAAAAGUAACCCAGUUCGUAUUGAUUUCCAAGAGGCUGUAUUUGAUAGGACAACAUGGCAUUGCCUAUUGCAACACGGGGCGUAUUCUCAAUACUAUAGAGCAUAUAGAGGAAGUGCUCCAAUUCGUCGAUGUGGUGAGUUACGUGUAUACAUUGCCAAACCUGAUGGGAUCUACUUAUCAAAAAAUGCUGGUCCAGAAAAAUUCGACUACCCUUGGAAAAAAAACUAA